AUGGACAAGAAAAUUAAUGUUAUUGACAAAACACAACAACAACAACAACAACCUUUAUGUAACAAAAAAAAUGUUAAUCAAGCAAAUUCCAUUCAAUCUAAAAAGAAAAUUGAGACUGAUGUAAAUAAAAAUAAUGAUGAAGAACAAGAAGAUUAUCAAUUAUCAUUUAAAUUUAAAGUUGAUAUGGUUGCCAGUUUUUUGUUUGUGAUUAGUUUAAUAACAAGGUUUUAUAAACUUGAAGAACCCAGGUUUGUUGUUUUCGAUGAAUUACAUUAUGGAAAAUACAUAAGUUUGUAUUUGAAAAAAAUUUUUUUUUUUGAUUCUCAUCCACCACUUGGUAAACAACUUGUAUCUCUUGCUACUUUUUUCUCCGGUUUUAAUGGACAUUUAAAAUUUGAAAAAAUUGGGAGCGCCUAUGGUGAAGAUAUCCCACUUUUCACUCUAAGAUUUGUUCCUGCUUUUUGUGGUACCUUAUUAGUACCCGUUGCUUAUCACGUCAUGUUAGAAUUAGGUUUUAGACAAUGGACAGCAACCGUAGCCGGACUUUUACUUGUAUGUGAUAACGCUCUUCUCACUCAGUCAAGAUUUUUACUCAUGGAAUCAAUUCUUCUUUUUUUUGCCAUUUUCGGUUUGUUAUGCAUUUUGAAAUUUAAGAAGCACAGCUUAAAAUUUCAUAAUUCAUCCUGGUGCUUUUGGCUUACCCUGUCAUUUGCAUCAUUGACAUGUUCAUUGUGCGUUAAAUACGUUGGAAUUUUUUCAUAUUUACUCGGUUUAUGGAUAGUGGCUUAUUCCUGUUGGGAAAUGCUCAGCAAUCAAAAUAUUUCUAUUCGGUCAAUAUUAUUUUAUUCAUUAGGAAAAUUGUUCAUUGCUAUUUUUGUUAGUGUUGGAGUUUACUUAUUAAUUUUUUAUUUACAUUUGUCCUUUUUGACAAAAGCCGGUCCUCACGAUAGCGUAAUGACGAGUGCUUUUCAAGCUAGCUUAGAAGGAGGAUUAGCUUCUAUAACUAAAGGUCAACCACUUGAAGUCGGCCACGGUUCUCAAAUCACGUUGAGACACACUUUCGGACGUACCUGUUGGUUGCAUUCCCACGUUCAUGUAUACCCUUUAAGGUAUCCUGAUAAAAGAGGAUCAUCUCAUCAACAGCAAGUUACUUGUUAUUCUUUUAAAGAUGUCAAUAAUUGGUGGAUAGUUAAAAGACCCGAUCGUAACGAUUUAAGGGUAUCUGAACCUGUUGAUGUUAUACGUCAUGGAGACGUGAUUCAACUCGUUCAUGGUAUUACCAGUCGCGCGUUAAAUUCUCACGAUGUAGCUGCACCAAUGUCUCCACAAAAUCAAGAAGUUAGUUGUUACGUUGACUACAACGUUUCCAUGUUGCCUCAAAGUUUAUGGACGGUGGAUAUCGUAAAUCGCGAACAAUUUGGAGAUGUUUGGCUUUCAAUUCAAUCUCAGGUGAGAUUGAUUCAUCUCAAUUCUUCUCAAGCAUUAAAAUUUAGUGGUCGUCAAUUACCUGAUUGGGGUUUCAAUCAGCACGAAAUAGUGACGGAUCGUAUUAUUAAUCAACCCGACACCGUUUGGAAUGUUGAGGAGCAUCGAUAUACUAAAAGUGAAGAUCAAAAAGAAAGAGAAAGAGAUUUAGUUAAUGCUGAAAUGAUUCCAACCAAAGCAACAACUUUGAGUUUUUGGGAAAAAAUGGCGGAACUUCAAUUUAAAAUGUUAUUUUCAUACCAAGAACCCCUUCAAAGUCACAUGUAUUCAAGUGAACCUAUAGAAUGGCCUUUAUUAAAAAGAACUACAGCCUAUUGGGUAUCUCAUAAUAGCAACGCUCAAAUUCACCUCUUGGGAAAUAUAUUGAUUUGGUACUCGGGAGUGUUUGGUGUUUUUUCUUACAUAAUAUUAUUAACAUAUUAUUCGUUGAGGAGAAGACGACAUUGUUUUGAUCUUCCAGAUAAUGAAUGGGAAAAAUUUUGCAAAAUGGGAAAUAUUCUUGGAGUUGCUUAUUUUCUUCAUUAUUUGCCGUAUUUUUUCAUGGAUAAAACUUUGUUUCUACAUCACUACCUUCCAGCCUUAGUUUUUAAAAUAAUGUUAACCGCAGCAGUUUUAGAACAUUUUCAUUUUAUUUUAAGGUACAUUGCCAUCGGAAGUUUUAAAAUGGAAAACGAUAGCGAAAUUUUUGAAAAUAACAAUUUUUUUCUGGUGCGCUUGGAUUAUUUGGAUAUUUAA